AUGGACCGCACCAUAUCUUGCCACCUCCCUAUAAUCACACCCAGGAUUGAGUUCACCAACACAAAUUCUAUCAGACUUCUGCCUAUCAUUACACCGCGCAUCAACUUUGCUCUAGAAUGGACUGAAUCACUGCAUCUCGCUGAACACGAUGACACUGACUCCAUCGCAGCUGCGUCUGACAAUAGUCCUGAUGAUGCGACAUUAGGAUCUGAAAUGGAAGACCAAGACGAUAUCACCGACCUUGACAAGAACAAAAAGAUUCUGAAGCCACCCGGUGAGCCUGGACGACUGAACUCCGGUGGCUACAAUAUCGACAAUGAGCUGCGUGGCUGGACCCUGGCCCUCAUAGCUGAUGUCAAUCAAUUCAUCAAGCAGAAGGCAGAUGAGCAUCUUGACAUUGGUCAAAGCUACAGCAAGCAACGUGCUGCUGAUGUCACCAGCGUGUGUCUGAUGGUCAAGAAACAAUUUCCUGUUGUUGAGAAAUAUGACAACUGCUGGCCAGUCCGUGAUAUGUUGAAGCUGUACCUUAGAUACAUGGCCGAGAAGGAACAGAAAGAGGGUGCAGCUAGUAAGGAACAGAAGGGGGUGCAGCCAAUAAGUCCAAGAGAAUGA